AUGACCAGGCCGGAGAUGGCUGACGAGACGCUGUUCCUGCUGCUGCACAACGAGAUGGUGUCUGGACUGUACCGGGCCGCGGAGCACGGCGAAGGGGAAAACGGACGAUGCAUCACUAAACUGGAAAAUAUGGGGUUUAGAGUAGGACAAGGAUUAAUCGAAAGAUUUACCAAAGACACUGCCAGAUUCAAGGAUGAGUUAGAUAUUAUGAAGUUCAUCUGCAAAGAUUUUUGGACUACAGUAUUCAAAAAGCAAAUUGAUAAUCUAAGGACCAAUCAUCAGGGUAUCUAUGUCCUUCAGGACAACAAAUUUCGUCUCUUGACUCAGAUGUCUACAGGAAAACAGUAUUUAGAAUAUGCACCUAAGUAUCUGGCAUUCACCUGUGGACUAAUCAGAGGUGGCUUAUCAAAUCUGGGAAUCAAGAGUAUUGUGACAGCUGAAGUUUCAGCAAUGCCUGCAUGUAAAUUUCAGGUGAUGAUACAGAAGAUGUAAAACAUGUUCAGAUCUGUGUAUCUGCCCUUUUUAAAAAACCCUGUGUACACUAAAGAUGUCUUGAUUAAUUUAGCUUCACCUGUAUACCUUAUAAAUUAUAGUAGCAUGCAGCACAAUUCCUGUAUUAUGUAAAGUAAAUAUUAACUUAAUAAAAAUAGCUUAACACUA